AUGAUAGUGGUGUUUCAGAUAGGAACAAUAGAUAAAAGCAACCGGUCUUUGAGGAGUGGGAAUAAACCGGCGGUAGAAAAAGAACUGAAUAGUUCUGGAAAAACAGGUAAAAAACGUAGUUCCGCAGCCAAAGAGCUGUUCAGCGAUAGUAGUUCUGGGAAAGAUACGUCUGGAAAUAAUUUAGAUGGUUCUCAGAAGCUGUUAGAUGGCUCGGAACAACCUUUGGGCCAACAAGAGGAUGAGGAAGUUGAUAGGAGUGGGAGAGAUGUGGAAGCCAAUGGGAGUAACGCUAAUAGUCAAACAGAGAAGAACGUGGAUGAAGAACUGAAGAAUGGAGAUGAGGAUCUGAUGAAUAUAUCGUUGGCAAGUUUAAGAAAUAGGAUGCGUGAAGAGGCUGAUAGAAGUAAGGUUGAAGAUAAUGGUUCAAAAGAGAAUGGACAAAGAGGGGAGGAUAUCAAUGUGUCUCAAGUGGUAGGUUUAAAAGAAAGUUCCAAGAGUGGUGAUGAUAUUGUGAAUGAUACACAGAGAGGAGAAUGGAGGAGAGGUAAGAGGGGAAGAGAAGAUGUCAGCAAAAGUGUGACUCCGGAAGAAGAGAAUGAAAAUAGGGGUGAUGUGUCCAUGGAUGUAAUCAAUGGUUCUCAGAGAGAUGAAGGGGGAGUUGGUAACAGGAGUUUGCGAAAUAGGAGAGGGAGAGGAGAUGUUAACAAAAGUGUAGCUGAGAAAGACAGUUCAAAAGAGAAUGUGGAAAAUGCUGAUGUUUCUAGGAGAGGAAGAGGAAACGCUAACAAAAGUGUAACUGAGAAAGACAGUUCAAAAGAGAAUGUGGAAAAUGGUGUUGUUUCUAGGAGAGGAAGAGGAAACGCUAACAAAAGUGUAACUGAGAAAGACAGUUCAAAAGAGAAUGUGGAAAAUGCUGAUGUUUCUAGGAGAGGAAGAGGAAACGCUAACAAAAGUGUAACUGAGAAAGACAGUUCAAAAGAGAAUGUGGAAAAUGCUGAUGUUUCUAUGGAGGUCGAUAGUAAUAAUUCUAAACUGGAUGAAGUGGAUGGGGUUAACAGAGGUUUGAGAGACAGGUCGGCCGCUAAAAGACUGCUUAACAAAUCUGUAAAUGAGGAGCAAGAUUCGAAACAACGUGGGAAAAACGCUACCGAUAAAGAAGGUUCAAAAGAGAAUGGUGGAGCUGGAGAUGUCCCCGAUACUUCUCUGAGAGAAUCAAGUGGUAGAAGUUUGAGGAAUAAAUCAGCAACAAAGGGAAAAUCGAAGGAAAGUUCUAAUGAGGAUCAAAGUCUGGAUGACUCAAUGAACUUCUCGGUUCAUGAUUCUCUGGGUUUUGUUACUAAUGCCAAAAAGCGUGCCAGUUUGAAUGCUUCUAAAGGAGAUUUGUCAAUUCAGUAUGGUACUGACUCGCUGAUAGAAGCAAGCAGUAGUAGUAGGAGCUUGAGAGAUAGAUCGAGAAAUAUUAAUGAUAAAGUUUCUCAAGGAAGUGCUGAUUCAGAUGAUGUUAGAAGAAUGGAGAGGUCUUCGAACGGAGUAAGAACGUACACUAGUGAGGAGAUUGUUGGUUUUAAACAAGCUACUCAAGAGAACUCGCUAAUGUACAACAGCUUGGAUUCGAUUCGCGUUGAUCCUUUACAACUUCCUCAAACUGACAUCAACGCGUCAGCGAUAGUCAACAACUCGUUGAAUUCCACAGUAAACGCCACUAGAGCAGAUCAGAACUCAUCUAACCGAGGUUUAGACGAAAUAAUGCCGGCGCCCAGGUCGCUACCGGCGCGUAAACGGCGUUUAGUGGCCCCAACCGGCGGUACACCGUCGUUUUCAUUGGCCGCUCAGAAAAAAAAGAAGAAAACCGUGGAGGGAGAGAGUGAUUCUGUGGCUGCGUUGGUGGAGAGAGAGAAGGAGAUUCAGGUGGCAGUGAACGGAAAUCGCGAGGCUGUGGCUGCCAAAGUCAACUACAAGUGUCCCAAACUGAAGAAACCCGAGGUUUGGGUGACUCCACGUCUCUACAAAUGGCUGAUUGAGAAGCUAGAACCCCGUUACAAGCUGCGGUCCCGUUUGAGGGCAGAGGAAUUUGUGGAUCUGUUGUGUUCUACGGUGAAAACGGUCAUCAAAAAAGAAGAAAACUACGAGAAGGAGGUUGAGGACUUGAAGUAUGAGAUGGCGCGACUCAAUAUGGUGGAAAAUUUGCACGAGUUUUUCAUGUUUAUCUAA